GUGGGGAAAUACAAUUAAAGGGAAAGGCUUUUCUACCAACUAGUGUGGUUUUGUAAGAGACCUGGCAACCCGGUGUUGUUGUGUUAUGGAAGAUGUCACUUGCUAGAGCACUGUUGCUAAGCGCGUUUAAAGCCAGAGCCUGGAGUGCUAUACAUUUGUCCCCAACUGGACUGAGACCUCUGAAGACAUGUCACGAGUCCAAUCUUGUCUCCACACUGUGUUACAGCAGCAGCUCCUCGCAGGAACAGCAGGUCUCGAGUCCCAACGAGCAUAAAGUACAUCUGAGUGAUGCUUGUGUCAAGAGACUGAGUGAAAUCAUGCAGAAGGGAGAAUAUCUGAGGAUACUGGUGGAGGGAGGAGGCUGCUCUGGGUUCCAGUACAAGUUUUCUGUGGACACGGUGAAAAACGAAGACGACAGGGUUUUUGAGCAGAACGGCGUGGCCGUGAUCGUAGACGAGGAGAGUCUGGAGUUUGUAAAAGGAGCAACCCUUGACUUCAGCCAGGAGCUCAUUCGCUCCUCCUUCCAGGUGCUGAGGAACCCGCAGGCAGAACACGGCUGCUCGUGUGGCAGCUCUUUCUCCGUCAAAGUUUAAAACCAGACACAAAUGUUGUUCAGCUUUCAAUCCCACUUCCCCAAUUUUGUUUAUGAACAUCCAGUGAUAGAGGAACUAAGAGGAGUUAAAUCGAGUGUGGUAGAACAUAACGCACACACACACGUAACAAAUUGUCCCUUUUGGAUUUGAGCCAGUAUUCACUAUGCAUGUCAGUUUGGCUGCGAUAUUGGAGAUCACGAAAAUAUCACUGCAAGUUGUACAUACAGGUUGUAAAUACGAUGUAAUGAAAUAAAUCUAUAAAGUAAA